UUUUCCAUCCUGAGAUAUUCCGGAUUGAAGCACGAGCAGUGAUUAGUGAUUACUAACGUCUUCACAGACACAAUAAUUCUUCGACGGGUCCACCUUGAAGUAAUUAACAAUUCCAAUUCAAAUUAAAAGCAGUUCCAUUUUCACUUUUCAAAUCAUUCUCUCACUUUAUCUCCAUGGAAGACCCAAUUCAGGUUCCACCCAUCAUGACCGGCCACCUGGUCGCUGUGCCAUACCCAGGACGAGGCCACGUAAACCCCAUGAUGAACCUCUGCAAACUUCUCGUGUCCAAGAACUCCGACAUCCUCGUAACCUUCGUGGUCACCGAAGAAUGGCUGGGCUUCAUCGCUUCCGACCCCAAACCCCGCAACAUUAGAUUCGCCACAAUCCCCAACGUUAUUCCCUCCGAACACGGUCGAGCCAACGACUUCGUGGGCUUCUUUGAAGCCGUUAUGACCAAAAUGGAAGCUCCCUUUCAAGACUUACUCCGCCGCCUCCACCCGCCGCCAACGGUUGUCAUAUACGACACUUACCUUUUCUGGGUCGUUCGCGUUGCCAAUCGGACAGACAUUCCGGUGGCGUCGUUUUGGCCAAUGUCAGCCUCCGUUUUCGCCGUCUUCAAACACUAUCAUCUUCUCCAACAAAAUGGCCACUAUCCUGUAAGCGUAUCAGAAGACGGUGAGAAACGUGUGGAUUAUAUUCCGGGGAACUCGUCAAUUCGUCUAGCAGAUUUUCCACUUCCUGAUGAAAGUUGGCGCAGCCGAAAAUUGUUGGAAUUGGCUUUGAAUGUUGUACCAUGGGUGCAGAAAGCGCAAUAUCUGUUGUUUCCUUCCAUAUAUGAGCUUGAGCCUCGAGCUAUCGAUGCUUUGAAAGCAGAGUUCUCUAUUCCCAUUUACACUAUUGGCCCUGUCAUACCAUACUUUAGUAAUGGUCACAUUGAUGCUUCUAAACAUGGCUAUUUUCAAUGGCUUGACAACCAACCCUCUGGCUCUGUGUUAUACAUUUCUCAGGGAAGCUUUCUUUCGGUUUCUAGUGCACAAAUUGAUGAAAUUGCAGCUGGUGUACGCGAAAGUGGUGUUCGAUUCUUGUGGGUGCAAGGUAAAGAGAGUGACAGGUUGAAAGAGAUGUGUGGGGAUAAGGGAGUGGUUUUGGGAUGGUGUGAACAAAUGAGGGUGUUGCAGCAUCGUGCUAUUGGGGGUUUUUGGUCACAUUGUGGGUGGAAUUCUACUAGAGAAGGUGUUUAUUGUGGUGUUCCUUUUCUUGCAUUUCCCAUAUUUAUGGACCAACCAUUAAAUGGUAAGUUUAUUGUAGAGGAGUGGAAGGUGGGGUGGAGGGUGAAAAAAGAGGUUAAGCAAGACAUUUUGAUAACAAGAGAUGAAAUUGCUGGGCUUAUUAAAAAGUUUAUGGAUCAGAGUGAUGAUGAAGUGAGGGAUAUGAGGAAAAGAAGCAGAGAGCUGAAGCAGCUAUGUCAGCAUGCGAUUGCACCAGGAGGGUCAUCAGAAACUGACAUGAAUGCUUUUCUUUCGCAUAUGUUACAGGGUGCCAAUGCCAAGCCAGAAUAAGUGUUGGACCCAUUAUUAAAUAUCAUGAUCUUAAAAUCCUGGUAUUCAUGUUUGCUCUGUUUGGAACUAUGAUUGUUUGAAUCACAAUAUGAGUAGAGAACAGUCAUCUUGUUUGAGGUCGAUAAGGUUAAUUUAUAUUUGAAAAUAAUUUUAUUUGGAUAAUAAUGUAAAUUUAAUUUGCCAUUUA